AUAUAUAUAUAUAUCAAUAUAGAAAGCUAAAAGAUAGAAGCAAACACGUGUGCAUAAUUGCACAUAUAUUAUACAAGACAACACUCAACCCCCCUAAUUUCAUCUUCUCAUUUUCUUCUUCUUCUUCAAUGUUGAGGGGUAGAUAACUAUAUAUAUAUAUAUAUAUCUUUAUUUUGAUGGCUACUUGGUUCACAAGAUCAAGACCCAUUACUCAUCAUCUAACAACAAAGAUUGGGUUUUUAGAAACUCUGAGCCAGAGAAUUCCAAUUUCUUCAUUUCACUCCAAUUCUUCACAUACAACCUCAAAUGGUGAGGAUUGCAGAGACCCACCUGCAAUUUUGGGUCACUCAUCUUCCCUUUCUGUCGAUCGGCGUUUCGAAUCCACCAUAGCUGGAAAGCAAAUAGAAUCGCAGUACGACAAUUGCGGUGAUCAAAGUCAGGCCUUUGACUUUCCCGGCGGAAGAAUUACAUUUACUUCCGAAAUGGGAUUCAUGUCCGACUACCCUGAUAAAAGAAUACACUGUUAUCGUGUCCUUGAUGACGAUGGCUAUCCGAUUAUGCGCAACAGAGUCGAACAGAUGAGCCGGGAGACUGCAGUGAAGAUGUAUACUGGGAUGGUUACCCUUCAAAUCAUGGACACAAUCUUCUAUGAAGCACAGAGGCAGGGAAGAAUUUCCUUCUAUCUCACCUCAAACGGAGAAGAGGCUCUCAACAUUGCAUCGGCAGCUGCACUCACCCCGGAUGAUGUUAUAUUGCCUCAGUACCGCGAACCUGGAGUUCUAUUAUGGCGUGGUUUCACUCUGCAAGAAUUUGCUAAUCAAUGCUUUGGAAACAAGGCUGAUUAUGGGAAAGGCAGGCAAAUGCCAAUUCAUUACGGGUCUAAUAAGCACAAUUAUUUCACUGUGUCAUCUCCUAUUGCUACGCAGAUUCCUCAGGCUGUAGGUGCUGCCUAUUCUCUUAAAAUGGACAAAAGGGAUGCAUGUGCCGUUACUUACUUUGGCGAUGGAGGCACCAGUGAGGGAGAUUUCCAUGCUGGUUUAAAUUUUGCAGCAGUUACAGAAGCUCCUGUUAUUUUUAUAUGCCGCAACAACGGGUGGGCCAUCAGCACCCCUAUAUCAGAUCAAUUCAGAAGCGAUGGUGUUGUUGUUAAAGGUCAAGCUUAUGGAAUCCUAAGUAUCCGAGUCGAUGGAAAUGAUGCUAUUGCCAUGUACAACGCAAUUCGAUCGGCUCGCGCAAUGGCCAUCAGUGAACAGAGGCCUAUAUUAGUUGAGGCCCUUACGUAUCGAGUUGGACACCACUCCACAUCUGAUGAUUCCACCAAGUAUCGGCCUGUAGAUGAAAUUGAACACUGGAAAACAGAGCGGAACCCUGUGGAUAGAUUCAGAAAAUGGGUAGAGAGAAAUGGCUGGUGGAGUGAUAAUGAUGAAUCUGAACUUCGCAGCAACAUCAGAAAGCAGCUAUUGCAUGCAAUUCAGGUGGCAGAGAAAACAGAGAAGCCUCCACUUGCAGCCUUAUUUGGUGAUGUCUAUGACCAUCAGCCAUUGAACCUAUGUGAGCAAGAGCAAUUACUUAGAGAAACUAUUCAGAGACACCCACAAGACUACCCCUCCGACGUUCCUGUAUAGUCCAUCCUCGCUAUAUAUUCUGAUGUGAGAUAAAAUCCGGUCUCUACUGCGUAUAUAAAUACUAAAUGAAGCCAUAAUGUGAGAUUUAUCAACUGCAAAUUAUCUCAAUAAAUUUGUUUCCGAAUGUGAUCUUGUGAUUUAGGGGGUUUUGGCUUAA